AUGACAGAUGUAGAUGGUACAUUCAUAACAGAUCAACAAAUCGUACAUCAAACCACUCGUUCAGCCAUCCAAAACAUCCGAUUAAAUUACCCUGAAAUACCUAUAAUCGUCAGCACAGGAAAACACCGAAGUGCAUGCGAUUGGUUUAUAAAAGAAUUAGGAUUUGAAGACUCACCUGCAGCUAGUUGUCAUGGAGCAAUCUUACAUGGUUCAUAUGGAAAGAUGAUCUCUUGUAAAACUUUAGAACCUCAAGUUGCUUGGGAAAUUGUUCAAGUUGCUAAAAGUUUAAAUCGAACUUGUUUUCUUUUUACGCCUGAGGAUGUUGUACUUGUUUAUGAAGAAACUAAUCCGAAAAGAGAUUGGGUAUCUAUUGUACGUAAGAUUGAAAAGAAUUUAAUAGAUGGAAAAGAUGAAACCUUUUUAGAAAAAGUUAAAUUAGGUGAAAUAAAGAUAAUCAAAGCGACAAUUCCCGUAGAAGAACCAUCCAUGAUCGAAGUCCAAUCAUCCUUCCAAACCGAUCUAAUCUCCACUCAUCCUCAAUUAUCAUUAACAACAGCCUUACCAUUCGUUUUAGAAAUCGUUCAAAAAUCUAUUAACAAAUCAGUUGCAUUAGAUCAUUUUUGUCAUCAGUUUAAGUGUGGACCUGAACAUGUUUUGGCUUUUGGUGAUGGAAUGAACGAUUUGGAGAUGUUAAGCUCUGCGGGAUAUAGUGUGGCUAUGGAAAAUGCUGAUGAAAGACUUAAGUCGGUGGCUAAGUUUGUGACUUUAUCUAAUAAUGAAGGAGGGGUUGGAGUUUUCUUAGAUAAGAUCUUUAGAAAAUGA